AGGAGCAAUGGAUGCCAUGCUGGGGAGAAAAAGUAAUCUAAUAAAAGUAAUUGAAAAAGGAACACCAGUUGUAGCAACAUUCCUUUAUCAAGCGGUAGUUCAAGAGUUGGAUCCUGAAUAUCAAACAGAUAAGUUAAUGCGUCAAAUGGCGUUGACAAAAUAUGUAGAAGUUAUUCUUCAAGCAAAGUCUGUUCUUAAAACGAACAAUUCACUGAAGUUGGUAAUAGUUGACGCAGAGGAAGGAUCUGAAAAUAACAAACGCCUAAGGCAGGAAACAUUUGCUCACAUCAAAUUAGAAGGAGGUGUUAAUGAAGCAAUUUGUUACGCAGACACUGCUACAACAAGUUCAAAGAAAGUUACUACCCAUCUUGUAGUGAUCAAUGGCGAAGAGGUUGCCAAAAGACGAAACAUCUACGACACGAGUGUUUCCACAGGUUGGGAUCCUGAUACAUCACUUCUUCGGCUACUGGGACUUGUCAUCGAACGCGACAAUGCGGAAAAUGUUCUAAAGCCAGAAGUCCGUGCUAAAUUGUUGAGUUUACACGACGUGCAAGCAAUUUCUAGCAGUAAUGAAUAUGAUACGAAAUCUAUGAAGUUGCUUGGUAAAGGAUCCUUCGGUGAAGUGUACAAAGUGUUUGAUAGACAAAGAAGAGUAUUUGCAUUGAAAAUGCUAAAAGAAUUGGAAGGAGAAGAGAGAAAUUUGAUUGAGGACUUCAAAAAAGAAGCAAAAUCAUUGGAAAAUUUAUCUCACCCGAACAUUGUAAAACUGGAAAAAGUUGAACGCCAAGGUGAACGACUUUUCCUGAAAUUGGAAUAUGUCGAUGGUUUUAAUCUUCGUGAGAUUAUUAAACCACGUGGUGGAAAACCGAGCCCACAACCAAAGGAGUUUGUCUUGCGAUGCGCGACCCAAGUAGGAGAAGCACUGAAGUAUAUUCAUGCGAAGAAAGUCGUGCACAGAGAUUUGAAAGCCGAUAAUGUCAUGGUAACAGGUGAUAAGAAGACAUUCAAAUUGACGGACUUCGGUCUUGCACGCAUAACCGAGAGAUCAACGAUGUAUUCCCACGUAGGAACAAUGAGGUACAUGGCACCAGAGGUAACUACAAAGAGGUACACAUCUAAAGCGGACGUCUAUAGUUAUGCGCUUCUGUUGAUUGAAACCAUCGAAGGACGAAAUAUAUUUGAAGAAUAUUACGAUGCAAAACAUGUCUACCAGAAGAAAGUUGACGAUCAAGCAUACGCUCCCGUAAUUCCAUUAAGCUGCAAUGAACAUGGGACAAACAUGGUUACCAUGCUCAAUGAGUGUUUGAAACCCCACGCUGUACGAGCUAGCAUGGAAAAGGCACUGAGUAUUCUCGCAGGCAAGGCAUUGAAAGAUGAUCAGGCUGAUGUCCAGUUACUUUGCCUUGGGACUGGACAGGGAACAACAACCGUUUUGCAUGGAGAACCAAGUUCAUCAUUGCUAGUCUUGCGAAAAGGAAAACCGAUGCUGCUGGUCGAUGUUGGACUUGGUGUGAUUCGCUCGUACAGAGAAAACAUCGGUAACAUGUUGCCGCCUAGAAUGUUCAUUACCCACAACCACUGUGACCACGCGGCUGAGUUAGCCUUGGGUUUGAUUCUCACAGUCAGCGAGAUGAAGAAGCACAAGCUGACCCCAGAAUUCCACUUGUACUGCGGACCGGAGGUACAAACGAAACUGAUGGAGCAUCGAUUUGAUGAGAUUUACAGUGCCUGUCCAAAAGAAGAGUUCUCGAAAUAUGUUACCUGGUACAUUUGUGAACCUGGCCAGAUGAUUGCAGUUGAUGAACAGGAAGAAUUCCAUCUCACAUCACACAAAAGUCAACACAGCGAAGUUUGUUAUGGUUUUACACUGUAUCGUAACGGUACCCGCUUGUUUGGUUUCACUGCUGAUUCCGGCUUCAAUCAAGAAAUGUAUGACAACGUUUUCAAGGCUCCAAUGGUCAUCGUGGAUGCACGUACAGAAAAAAGCUAUGAGCAUGCGUCCUUUGGCGAGGUUGUACAAUAUAUGAAGACACAUGAACAAAAGAGCUCGUCAGUGUAUGUUAUUGGAUAUGGCACAAAUGAAGAAGGACCGGAUCUGGAAAAAACUUGUUUGAACCAAAUGAGACAGGGAGAUUUUUACAACUUGUGAAUUUCAACACAUACAUCGAUGGCGUCUGCAUUUCCCAGACUGGUGUCCACACCCGCCCCCACCAUGUUCGGUUAAAAAAUAAUAGGUAGUGUCAUUUCAAGAUGCUCAAAAAUUGCACACUCAGCCAGAAAACCCUUCCAAUAGGAAAACAGUUCCUCGCCCCGCUGGAAAUCCUUUGUAUUAGACGCUAUUUGUCGUCAGCCACCUUAUGGAUGAUAUUUUAAGCUAUUAGGUUCAAUAUUUGUGUUUUGUAUUUCUUAUUGUGUUAGUUAUGACCUUCGUUAAGACACUAUUAUUUAAAUGACCAUGCUUUCUCCAGCUCCAAUUUAACGAUAAUUUUUUUAAUGAAUAUAAAUAAUAAAUAAAUAUAUAAAUAUUUAUACACACAUUAUAUAUAUAUAUAUAUAUAUACACUUAUGAUGU